CUCUCCCAGUGCAGGAAAAGGGAAUUCUAAGAAAAAUAAACUGGGCAGAAGCUUUAUGAGUUCUACAAACAGGAAAGAUGAGAAACUUCCUCCAACAGGCUGACGGGGGUUUGGGUUCGUCCUUGUUUUAAGGGUUUAAACUCUACUUUGUUAACGAGCUGCUUAAUCAAGUCAAGAGUGUGCACACGCACAAAGGAGACACAAAAGAAUGAGAUUUACACGUCACUCACUUGGCACACGCCCCUCGACCCUGAGGUUCAAACACGAGGGGUUCUGAUGCAAAGCUCCAGGUUCGGGUGAAGACUGACAGAUGAAGAUGAAGCUGAGGGAUGAAGAAGUGUGUGUUGGUUGCCAUGGUUCCGUGGGGAAGGGGACUGCCCUGCAGAUGUUCUUUGGCUUCUGGCAGAGAGAGAGGGUGAUGUCACACGUGUAGAAUGUGAACACCCUCUUCCUCCCUCUUGUGUUUUUCUCCCUCACAUUUUUGUGGGGGCUCAGUUUCUCUCCCCCCCGAGACGACCCUCAGCUUCGGUGUGGCCUGUGAACUGGGACACGGGGCUCCUCCCCCUUCCUCCCCCUGCCUCCCCUCUCCUCCGUCCUCGGUGGUCAGCUCUCUCUCCUCAACAAUGAGUCUCUCUCUGCACAACCACGAUGCCUCCAGAAGCUCCUGCUGCCCUGCAUCCAGGGGGGGGGGGGCAGUGUGUGUGUGUGUGUGUUUUAAUGGUGUCAGAGGAAACCUGGAAGAGGUCGAGAUGCUGAGACCCAAGCAGAGGGCGUGUGAAAGGAAUUCAGGAAUGUGGACGGGAAGGACUACCAUGCAGACAUGUCCACUCUGGCCUCGCCGGCCUCCCAGAGCAGCCCGGACGUCUACAUCCUGCCCCUCACCGAGGUGUCCCUGACGGUCGCCAAGCAACCAGCUCCGUCAGUUCAGCUGCUGAAGUCCACAGAUCUCAGCCGCCACAGCCUCCUCUACCUGAAGGAGAUCGGGAAUGGCUGGUUUGGGAAGGUUCUGCUUGGGGAGGUGAGCGCAGGCCUGAGCACCACCCAGGUGGUGGUGAAGGAGCUGAAAGCCGGCGGCAGCGUGCAGGACCAGAUGCACUUCCUGGAGGAGGCGCGGCCUUUCCGCGGCCUCCAGCACCCGGCUCUGCUGCAGUGUUUGGCCCAGUGCACCGAGGUCACUCCCUACCUGCUGGUGAUGGAGUUUUGCCCUCUGGGGGAUGUGAAGGGUUACCUGAGAAGCUGCAGGACCUCAGAAACCAUGACCCCGGAGCCCCUGAUCCUUCACCGGAUGGCCUGUGACAUCGCCUCGGGACUCCUGCACAUGCACAAACACAACUUCACGCACAGUGACCUGGCUUUGAGGAACUGCCUGAUGACGGCUGAUGUCUCAGUGAAGAUUGGAGAUUAUGGCUUGGCACAGAACAAGUACAAGGAUGAUUACUACAAGACAUCGGAUCAGACCUGCGUGCCGCUGCGCUGGAUCGCUCCGGAGCUGCUGGACGAGGUGCACGGAAACCUGCUGGUGGCCGACCAGACGCCACAGAGCAACAUGUGGUCUCUUGGCGUGACGAUGUGGGAGCUGUUUGAACUCGGCACGCAGCCCUACAGGCACUACUCUGACAGACAGGUGCUGACCUUCGCUGUGCGGGAGCAGCAGCUGCGACUUCCCAAACCGCUGCUCAAAGGGCCGCUGGCUGAGCGCUGGUUUGAGGUGAUGCAGUUCUGCUGGCUCCAGCCUGAGCAGAGACCCAAUGCGGAGGAAGUCCACCUGCUGCUCAGCUACCUGUGCGCUAAGGGGGCCUGCGAGGCCGAAGAGGACUUUGAGAGGCGAUGGAACUCCCUGCGUCCCAACACCGUCUUCAACAGCCACCACUGUGCAUCGGCAAUGUCCCGAGACCACCCGUCAUCAACCUCCUCCUCGUAUCCCCUCCUUGAGCACUUCUCAGGCGCUGACGGCUACCACUCGGAGUCCGGGGACGACAUACUUACUGUCACAGAGACCAGCCAUGGCCUGAACUUUGAGUACAAGUGGGAGCAGGCCAGAGCGGACCAGUCAGCUAGGACCCUGGAACAGGUCAACCAUCAUCAGCAGGAGGCCUUUUACCCCCCCGGGGGCAUCGUGGGCGGCUGCCCCACAGAGAGCCUCGGCCACGGACUUUCUCCUUCUUACUACCGAUCCAAACAUCUUCACGCUCCGAGCAUACUUCCUGUCCUCAGCGCCCGCAGCCCCUCAGCAGGCAGCGAAUACUACAUCCGCAUCGAGGAGCCGGGCGACUGUAACAUCGAUCUGGACUACACCAUGUGCUCCUACAGCCCCGACUACCACGGCAGCAGCGGGAGCUUUCUGACUGGGAGCGCCGACUCAGGCGAGUGCAUGGCCUGCCCGUCCCAGACCAACACGGGUCCCUUCUGGUCCGCAGACAUCCGUAAGGCAGACAUGUACGACUCGAACGACUCGAGUCCUGCUAUCUCCCUGACGAUGGAGCCCCUUUUGGGGCAAGUGUUGGACAACAGCCCUCCACGGCCCUGGGAGUCUAGCCACUACGUAUCCUACAAGGACAGAGACGGGGGCUACUACUAUGAGCACUCGCCUCCUCUGGGUAUGGACCGCUAUCUGAUUGGACGUGACUCCUCCAGUGUGCGUCAUCAGGAGAGCUGGGGGUCGAGGAGCCUGCGCCAGGCCUUGGGUGAGCUGGAGAACCCACUGGGCAUAUCCCCCGCCGUGAACACGGCGCCUCAGCAGGCCUACAGCGACGCCUACAUGGACACGAGUCAGACCUCCGUCAUAGGAAAGAACGUGACGGGGGGCUACUACGACAUGAUGGGCUCCCUGAGGAAGACCAUGCCCGGCCACACCCGGCACAACGGCCACUCUGUCAGCAUCAACAUGGACACUGAGGGGGCCCUCUUCAUCGGGCACAGAGACAGCGAUACGGAGGAGGAAGAAGAGGAGGACAUAUUUGUUGAGAGGCACACCUGCAACACUUGGCCUUCAAAACACCGCCACAGCAGCGGGGGUCACACCAGACGUGCCAGCCACAGCUGCAGACAGGACGCGUACGUGGAUUUCCACUACACGAUGCCGAGUACAGACGUGGAAGACUCCUGGCCAGAGGAGCGCAGCCCGGCCUUCCGCUCCCUCCCCAAAGCCGUGGACUAUCUCGACCACCAGGCCAAAGACAACAGUGCCUGUCUCAGUCUAAGCAAACAUCGGGCAAUGGUGCCCUCGGACGACUGCAGCGCCUACGUCUACCUGUGCCGCGAGGGCGGGACUCCACCUGGAGAUUGCUGCCACUCGCACUUUGUGGACCCGCUCACAGGCCUGCUGGUCAGAAACAACAGUUACAGUCACAGCUACUGUCACAGCGGCUACGUCGCCGACAAGGCCAUCGACGCCCGAGGCACAGACGAGAUGAUCAAUCUAUCACCGGCCCCGGGGGGCCCCAUGGUGGCCAAACCCUUCGUGAUAAAGGCCGACGGCAGCAGGGAGCAAUACGUUGACCUCACAACCGAAGAAUCGCUCUUCGUAGAGAAAAGGUACGAUGCGAUCAAAGACAAUCCCAUCGUGCCGAAGCCGAGUGCGCCUGAAACAGAAGAGGUGACCCCGGCGGCGACCCUCACCACUCCGCCUCCUGACGACAACAUGCACGUGAUGGUGGCGCUCACAGAUCCGCAGUCCGAGUUGAGUCACGCUGGCGACAGCGGAGUCGACCGAGGGGGCUCCAGCGUGAGCCUCGCCGACAUCCUCGACUGCAGCGAGGACGACGACGACGCCACCGAUGACAUCACCGACGUUACUUCGGGUAUCUUUGCAGACGAGUGCUGCGAGCUGAACGCCUCUCCUGCCCUCAAGUCGCUGCAGAAGCAUGCAGGAACUCCUGAUUCCAUGGAUUCCAUGGAGCUGCCCUCCGCGGCCGGGUCCUGCGAGGGCUUCAGCCCCGCGUCCACCCACCCUAAAGCUGUGGACAGUGGAUACGACACAGAAAAUAACGAGAGCCCUGAGUUUGUACCAAAAGAGCCCCACGAGCCCCGAGAACAACCUGUGGGGAAUCCUUCCCUUUCCCCGAGUCUGGAGGAGGAGAAGCAGCUGGACGAGGGUGAAGUCGAGCCAGACGCCGAACCCUCAUCGGGGGGAGACCUGGCCCUCGGAGCCUCACAGACCGCCGAGGACAGUCUUCUGCCACUGAGCGAUAAGACUCCGUACAGAGACUCCGCCUACUUUUCAGACUAUGAGAAUGACAGACAGUCCAGAGAGGAAGAGCUGUCAGAGGGACCGAGAGAAGCACCCAUGGGAGGAAGGAAAGGCGAGAAUGAGGAGGAGGAGGAGGAGGAGGUAUGUGACACCGUCACAGCAGCAGGAGCAGACUCCUCGUCUCAACUACAGCUGGAUGCACAUCUGACUGAAGAGCCCUGUGACAGCGCCUCCACGGCGGAGAGCGGCCUGGACGAAUGGCCGUCUCAGGAGAGCUCGUCCCUGGGAGACUGGGCGGCCGAGGUGGUGGGGGCCAUGGAAGAAGCCCUCGGUGCCCUGAAAGGAGACUGUACCUCCAACGAGGAGGAGGAAGCGGACAAUCCCGCUCAAGAAACGACAGAAAGGCCAAAUGUGGACGAGGUUAAGACCAGACCGUCCAGGGUCGCCGGGGAGAUCCUGCACACAGCGCAGCACGCGGCGAGCGCCCGGCGCUUCUCCUCCUCCUCUCCUCCGCCUCCAGCCAGCCCUCCGCCUCCGCCGAGCGCAGCAGAUAACGGGGACGGGGCGGGCGAGGGCGACGACGGCGACGACGACAGCGACGAGUCGGACGAGGAGCUGCGGAUCUACAGCGUGCAGGAGCAGAGCGGCGGGGAGGAGAGCGACGACGAGUGCCACCCGGUGCCCAUCGUGGUGAGCGACCGCGGCGGAGGACACCGCCUGCGCAGCCUCCUGAAGAUGCCCCACCUGCCGACCACGGGGAGCCUGGAGCAGCAGCUUGAGUCCAAGAAGAAGACGGUGUCUUUUUUUGACGAUGUCACCGUCUACCUGUUCGAUCAGGAAAGCCCAACUGAGGAGCUGGCUGAGCACGGCUUCCCUCUCGGAGCCGAAGGUCAGAGUUCACGCAGCAAAUCCCAAGAGCGGCUGACUGCCUCGGACGACUCGUCAGAGGAGAGCGCCGGAUACGAGUGGGAGGACGACUUCCCGCUGCUGCCUUUGCCCACCUGCUCCGUGGCCUCCGACUCACCGCCCCCCCGCUGCGCCCUCACCGCCCCGGACCCCCAACCGGCCGCUCAGUUCUCCCGCUUCACCGUCUCGCCCUCCAAAGUGUCCCGUUUCUCCAUCACUCACAUCUCGGACUCCGACAUGGACUCCGCGGGAGGGAGCAGCGAGGACGGGGACAAAGAAUAACGAGCUGUGGAUCUUCGCCUGACGACAACUCGGCCGCCAGCAUGACUUACAUUCAUUUUUUAACGUCAGGCUUUAGCAACAGAAGACUGUGCCUCUUACCGCCUGGUUGAAGCUCAAGGACCUGCAUGUGGAAUCUAUCAAAAGCAGAGAGAACUUUGAACUGUGCAUAUUUUUCAGGUCAAAGAGGCACAAUGGAUGGACAGAGCGUCACGUCCUCCUCCUCUCAUGUUGGAUGGGAGGUCAGACCUAAAGUUAGACCGCUGGGUUAAAGCCGCCCCCCUUCAGAGGAUCAGCACUCUGAAGCGUCUCAGACUGCUCGUCUUAAUAAAUAUCCACAAGAAUCCUUUAGGUAUCACAAGUAAUAUAUUGGUAAUAUUUGGCCAUAACAAGAGAGUGAGAAAGAAGGAAGCGCGUUUGGUUACAGCAUGUUGUCUGAUUGAACCCGGACAACGUAUUAUGGGAUGUUUGCGUGACUCUUUUCUUUUGUAUCCGGACCACUACUGUUUGACUUACAUAAGUGGAUCACAAGCGAAGCCAUGAGGCGCAGCCUGGUCACCAUGGCAACGGGGAGAACAGGUCCGUUGAAGCGAUGCAUGCUUUCAAGUAUCCGCUACGCAGCGUCUAUGCGAACGUGCUGCCGAGAGACAGAAGAGGGGCCGUGUUUCCUUUUGCUGUGGAGAGGAGACGGGUCUUCUUCAUGUCUCCUCUUCGUGGACGGUUUGCUCGUGAGGACAUGGGCCUGCGCGCUGGGCAGUACGGAUGAGGCCUAAUCCACCGUGUGCGUGCUGAUUGGCCAGGUGUUUUUUCACGUGUGCCACUAUCAUCCUCCCAGCGGGGAAUCCAACAUGGCCGAAAGGAAGUGAUACUUAACAAUAUUCAGAUUUCAGGUCCGCUGGUAGAAUUCUGUUGGUUUUCAUGUUAUCAUGUGGCCCGACCCUGUAGGCCAGUGUUUCACAACACAAACGUCCACAAAUUUAUUUCAAAUGUUGUUCAAUACUAUCUUGCCUGCUCAUUAGUCUGAACAUUGCGUGUAAAUCAGAACAUACUUGUUCCGUCUGUAAGAGAAGGGAGAACAUCUGCCUGACCUCACGUUACCUUCUCUUGCUGUACAUUUGCUUCACGGACGUCGUUCAAUCCCCACAACGAAGGAGGCAGGUGUUCGGUUCUGGUAAGUGGACCUUCUCUGGUUCUUCUAACUCUUUAUACUGUGGGCGGAAACGAGAAGAGGAAUCUUUGCUUUUCGUGUGUGAACGUCAAGCGGAGGCGGUGCAGAGUGUGCGGCUGGUUGCCCCCAGCAACCACAUUCUGUAGCCACGCAGAAAGAUGUGCGUAACAUCUGCGUAUGUCGACAGGAAGACCUCCGCGUGGAGACGGACCCGUAGAGGAGAAAUGUCUUGUUUUGUUUUAUUGCUGCCAAAGAGAUGUUGUGUUCAGGCGCAACACUGGUUGGUUUUUACCCAAAUGGAGCCCAGCUGGAGGAACAUUAGAAGAGUCAUCAUUACCUUCUGUACCUUCUAUCAAAUAUAAAUAAAGUCUGUUUUACACAUCUUAA